AUGGUGCUCCUUCGUUUCUUUCAACUGCUGGCAGUUGUUACCUUGGUUUCUGGAAAGCCGAUUUUGCUCCCCCGGCAGGCCCAGGAUGCAUCGCAGGACGUUGCCCAACACUCUUUUGAUGUGACUCUGGAGUCACUUGGAAAUUCAACCGUCAAAGCGCAGGUCACGAAUACUGGCUCGGAUGGUCUUCGACUCGUGCAAAGGGGUGGUAUAUUGGACCAAUUCCCCACGAAAAAGGUCACCGUCAAGGCCGCGGAUGGUGAUUCCGACCCCAAGUUCACCGGAGUUCGAGUCGAAUACAUUCUCUCCCACCUAACCGCCGAUGGCUUCGUGCAGCUCUUGCCCAACCAAACUGUCGGAUCUGUCUUUGAUAUCGCCGACCUCUACGAGCUUACCCCCGGCCAGGAAUACACUGCCGCUGCCAAAGGCCUUCUCCAAUACACUACGCUAGAGGACGAAAAGAAGUUCCUUACUUUCAGCUACAAAUCCAAUGAUAUCUCGUUCACUGCAUCAGCCGAUACGACUAGCGCCCUAGAGACCCGCUCUACCCUCGAAUGCUCCGCCGAAUACAAUUCGAUUGUGCAAGACGCUAUAUCUCGCGCGGCUGAAAUGGCCACUGCUGCCGCGGCGGACGCUCGAACCGGUAGCGCCCUCUUCCAGAAGUAUUUCAAGUCUACUUCGCAGGAUGAUAUGGAGGAGGUCGCGGGUCGCCUUGAGGCUAUUGCCAAGGAGGCGACGACAACUGGUCAACUCAAGUAUUACUGCGAGCCCACGGCGGAUGACUACUGCGCCGGCAAUGUUGCCGCCAUGAUGUACCCCACCCUCAACAGAGUCGUCAAUUGCCCGGGCUAUUACUCCAGCACUAAGGUAUCCAACUACUGUGGGUAUCUCGACCAAGCAGCUAUCACGCUCCACGAGUACGCUCACGCGGAUGCCUUGUAUAGUCCUGGAACUGAAGAUAUUGCGUACGGCUACGAGUCUGUCUUGUCUCUUGAUACGGACGACAGCAAGAACAACGCCGACAACUUUGCCUACUAUGCUUCUGCUGUCUACUUACAGUGCGACGCCAACGAGGAGCCAGGUGAGAUCGGCAGCGAACUCGACGUCGAUGUUGGUUCCGGCGGAUCGGGCGACUCGGCCACGCAAACGCCGACGUCGACAGCAGAACCGACCAACAACCCAGAGCCUACAUAUACACCGGAGCCCACUUCUACUGGAACAGGGGGAACGGAAACUGGGACUGGCACUGGCACUGGGACAGGAACAGGAUGGACCUGGCCUUGGGGUCAGGACAGUGGCAGUGGCACCAAUGGCAAUGACUACGGAACGGGUACAACCUCGAAUACGAACCCGGGUUCGGACUCCAACACUGGGACCGGCACAGGUGGCUACGGCACAGGCGGAGGCUCAGGCUGGUCCACUGUCGUAGUAACCGCAACACCAACUGCCGCACCCGUUACGACGACGAAUGGCGAGGAACUCUGGAACCUGAAUGACCUGGUGAAUUGGUUGGUGAGCAUGUAUUCGGGAGAUGCUCAGACACAGGGCCAGACACAGGGACAGGGACAAGCACAGACGCCAACGCCAACACCAACGCCAGCGCAAACGGAAACUCCGACCUCGACCUCGGACUCCAAUUCCGGGUCUGGCGAUUACGGCGCGGAGACAGGACAGGGGCAUGGCCAGGUGCAGGGGCAGAGUGCAACUGGCACUCCGGCUGCUCAAGCCGAGGACGAGGAGGGUGGGAAAGAUUGCGAUGAGUAG